AUUUAUUUUAACUGUAAAAAUAAAUGAAAUAUUUAUACAGCAAUUAAACAUAAAAUUGAUAGAUAGCAUCUAAACUCCAAGAGAGAGUGCAAUAAAAGCCCAAGAGAGGAGAGUCAAUCAAACUCGUUGCUCUCUCACUCAGCUUCAUUCAAUCCUCUGAACAAUCUAAUCGAAUCUCGAUUCCUCUUACUUUUCCUCUUCAAUUUCAACUCACAUUCCUUUACUUCAAUCUCAAUCUCAAACCAGCAGCAUCAGAAUAAAAACCCAGAAUUUCACCAAGAAAACCAGAAAAGAAAAGAAAAAUGACAAGAACAGCACCGACAACCUCGUUAGCAUCAUUAGAAAGCUGGGCCAUCUUGGCAUUCUUCUUGAUGUUCCUCUCCAUAUACUUGAUCGGAUACUUCCUUAUUUUCCGCAAACAAACCCUCAAGAUCCGACCCGAAUUCUCCAGCUGUCUGAUCUCACUCUUCCACGGCACCCCCGCCGCAAUAUUGGGCUCCGCCGCAAUUCUCUCCGACAGCCGCCAGGGCUUCGCCGCCCCCAACACAAGCUUCCAGAAACUCGUCCUCGACUACAGCGCCGCCUACUUCCUCACAGAUCUGCUCCACUAUGUUUUUUUCUACCCUAAAGACGUGCUCUUCAUCGCGCACCACGUGGCGACCCUCUUCGUGGUCCUCACGUGCCGCUACGCCGUCUCGCACGGCGCCUUUGCGGUCCUCGUCCUCCUCGUCCUCGCUGAGAUCACCAGCGCGUGUCAGAACGCGUGGACUCUCACUGGGGCAAGAAAGGACCAGGACGCGCUCGCCAGGCGCGUGCAUCACGCGCUCUCGCCGCCGUUUUACGCGGCGUAUUCGGUCGUCAGGGGGUUUGUUGGGCCCUACUUUGUUUACCGGAUGAUUGUGUUCUACGUGAGUGGGGGCGCGCGUGGGCUUGUGCCUGUUUGGGCCUGGGCCUCUUGGGUCUUGGUUGUUGUUAUGGCUAUUGGGGUUAGCAUUAUGUGGAUUUCUAAUCUUUGGGUUCAGUUUUUUAGGGAAAGGAGGGGGAAAUUAGAAGAGAAAAUUAGAUAGGGAAUAGGGGUUUGUUGUUGUAAGCAAAGCAUCUAGAAUUAUUAACAUUGUUCUCUUUUUUUACUUUUUUUAAUAUUGCUUAUUUUAUUUCUAAUAUUCUAAUAGUGGUUUUUUUUUA